AUGGUCUUCGCUUCCGCUCUCCUCGUCGCAUUCCUCGCUGUUCUUGCUGCGGGUAACCCCAUGUCCCGCAACAUGAAGCCGCAUGAAAAGCGCGACGGCGUUCCCACAGGCUUCGCCCUCGUCGGCCCAGCUCCGCCCGACACAGUCCUCGAUUUGCGCCUCGCGCUCGUGCAGAGCAAUCCCGCUGGUCUUGAGCAGGCCCUGUACGAUGUCAGCACGCCGUCGAGCGCCAACUACCGCAAGUACCUGACUAAGGAGGAGGCUGCGGGAUUCGUCUCUCCUGCUGCAGAAAGCCUCGCUGCAGUGAAUAAUUGGUUACAAGCCAACAAUAUCGAUGCCACUGUGCUCACCCCGGCGGGCGACUGGAUCAGCUUCAGCAUUCCCGUCAGUCAGGCCAACGAUCUGUUCGAUUCCGAGUUCUCCACAUUCGUACAUUCGACCUCAGGCCAACAGAGCAUUCGGACACUCGCGUAUUCUAUCCCUGUGGAAUUACAGGGUCACCUGGAUUUCGUUCACCCCACGAUUACCUUCCCCAUCUACCUGGCGAGCUCAUCUCCCUAUUCUGUGUCUACCAAGUCGACUCGCGCUACAGUUCACGAAAGGCAAGACCCAUCCUGUGCAGACACUGUCACUCCUGCAUGCCUGCAGGCUCUGUACGGUAUACCUUCAACCCCUGCUACUGCACAGUCCAACCAAUUGGCUGUCACUGGCUUUAACAAUAAAUACGCAAAUUUGGCUGAUCUCGCGAGCUUUUUGGAACAAUAUAGGCCAGAUAUGUCGAGCACUACGGCUUUUUCUCUGCAAACUCUUGACGGUGGUUCAAACGACCAAACCCCUGGGAGUGCGGGUGACGAAGCUGAUUUAGAUAUCCAGUAUACUGUAGGCUUGGCGACGGAUGUCCCCAUUACUUUCCUCUCCGUUGGCUCGCAAAACAAUGACGGUGUCGCCGGUUCCCUGGAUGUAGUCAACUACUUCCUUUCUGCUGAUGCUCCUCCACAAGUAGUGACCACGAGUUAUGGGAUGGAUGAACGCAGUGUUACUCCAGAUCUGGCCACCAACCUAUGCAAUGCAUACAUGCAGCUCGGCGCCCGUGGCGUAUCUCUUCUCUUCUCGUCUGGAGACGGCGGUGUUGCCGGGGCUACAUUCGGGGGCGAAGACUGUGAUGGCUCGAACUUCAUACCCACAUUCCCUGCCAGCUGCCCGUAUAUCACCUCUGUAGGUGCUACCCAAGGAUUUGGUCCGGAGACCGCGGCACCAUACUCGAGUGGUGGCUUCUCCAACAACUUCCCUGCUCCGUCGUACCAAACCACAGCAACAGCCGGUUAUGUACAGGGCCUUGGCAGUACUUACUCGGGUCUAUACAAUCCACAGGGGCGCGGGUACCCAGAUGUGUCCGCUCAGGGUACAAACUUUCAAAUCGUCCUGAAUGGAGAGAAUGCCGGCGAGGAAGGCACGAGCGCGGCAUCUCCGACUUUUGCUAGUGUCAUAGCCUUGCUGAACAAUGAACUUGCACUUGCGGGUCAUCCCCCGCUGGGCUUCUUGAAUCCCUGGCUAUAUGGAUCUGCUGCCUCAGCGCUGAACGCUGUCACUUCGGGCUCCAACCCCGGGUGUGGUACGAACGGAUUUUCCGCGGCGGCUGGCUGGAAUCCGGCCACUGGCCUAGGAACGCCGGACUAUGCGAAACUGAGAACGGCGGCUGGUCUGUAA